CUGCCUCAACAGGAGGUUUAGGUGCGUCCGGAUUCCCACACCAAGAAGGGAGGGUAUAUAGCCCUCCAUCCCGCAGUAUCCCCAUCACCACGCAGCAACAUGUCCGUCCCUCCCACCACCACAGAGCCCUUCAAACCCCUCCACGGAGAAUGCAUAUGCGGCCAGAUCAAGUACGACAUCCUCGCCCCUCCUCCCGGAAAACCGGGGGUGUGCCACUGUCAUGGCUGCAAGCGCCAGACGGGGAGCAUGUUUAGUGUCAACCUGCUCGUUCCGCGGGAGUCGCUCAAGAUCGAAGGCCCAUUCAAAUGCUGGUCUCGUCCCAGCGACAGGCCCCCUCCCUCCUCGUACACCGACUGGGGACUAGCGUUCUGCCCCUCCUGCGGCACCCAAUUCUGCGCUUUUCCCUCGGCGAUCCCCAGCAUGGCCGUGCUCCGAAUCGGUACGCUCGAUCCUGAGGACCUGGACAGCCUGGGACGGCCGCAGAUGGAGAUGUUUUGUAGUCGUAAGUUGGGGUGGCCGAAGGCGUUGGAGGGGGCGGCCCAGUUUGAGGACUGGCCUCCUAGGGGAUGAUGGGCUUCCGUCUUCGUUUUCAGGAUUGAUGGGCGUUGCUAGAGAUUGACUGUAACAAAUGGUGAAUAUGUGAUUAAGAAUUCAGUGUUGAAGUACAUAUGAGCUAGCCAGGAAUAC